GUGGAAUUCAGCGACAGAAUUACUGGUUGUCUAUGUGUUACAUGUUAACUAAAACUAACCCGAUUCUUGAAUGGGCUACGUUUACAUCAUUCUCGUAUAAUUUAGGGAUCGAAAUUCAGACAAUUUCCAACUACAAUGCAAAAUGAUUUCAAAGAUUUUGGUGGAAUAAAACAUCAACGAUUUUCAUUUGCAACAUAUUCUCAUAAGAACAAUGACGAAUAAAAUAAGCCUUUCUUUCAAAAUAAACGUAGUCAGAUGUUAAUGAAAGUACAAAGUAGCUAUCCGGUCAACAUUCAACAUUUCAAAAUACAAAAACAAACUCUGAAAAUGGAAUUAAAUUUAAAUGAUUUUAUUCAUUAGUAUUGCGCAAGAGUAUGUGGUUUUGACAAGUUUAUCAACUAUAGAUAAACUAAUAAGUAUCUUCGAUUCGACCAGUUUUUGAUUACCACAUGUGAUAUUGUAUGCGCUCUAGACCCUAUGCAUAUUCCUCUGUUUGACUUUCUAAAAUCCGGUAAAUUACUUGCACAAAUAUUACAAUUAAACGUUAAACAAACAAUUAUUUAUCUCAGCCUUCAAGGUAAUACAUUUUCCUCUCUACUUCAAAGAACAUUCAACAGGACGCCAAUCAUGGAUAUCUCAGUACCCAUGUCUUUGAAACCUUACCAAAAGGAUUUUUACUAUAUCCUAAAAUGA